AUGAAGGUGGCCCCGGGGGGCGUGACCCGGCGGGCCGGACUAGGGCAGGGGCUCCGGGGGAUCCGAGCGCCCUUGCCGCUGCGCGAGGGGGCCGCUACAGCUCGAGCACUCAUCGGGCGCCGGCCAGAGGGCCCGCCGCAACCGAACGAGCGCUUCACGAAGAAGGAUCUCAAGCGUAUUAAGCACAACGGCCCGUCCGCGAAGGAUCUCGUGCAAGAGGAGAUCACGACCGCGAAGGACAUCUUCUCGGGGGAGACCACGACGCGGCGGUACCGUUUCAUCGCGCCAGAGAUCCUGGGAGGCACCCGCUACCGGCCAGAGCCCAAGUGGUCGCGCAUACCGCAGAUGUCCAUCACAGAGCUCAUGAAGGGCCUCAAGGAGCGCAACUGGACGUCCAAGUACUAUAAGCCCGACGCGCAGCCGUGGGAGUUGGAAUUCUUCGAGUGCGCGGGGCGUUUCCUGCGCCCCGCCUUCUCUGGCUUCCGGGUGGUGGUGACGGACCACGAGGGCAACCAGCGGUGGUGCAACCUCCCGAGCCCCGGCCAGAACAACUUCCUGGACGAGUACAUGGCCGGGGGCGGCGAGGGCGGCGUGUGGCGGCCCCAGAUGACCUCUGGAAAGCCCGCUACGCCCGCCACGUACGGCCACCGGCAGGUGCUCGAGGAGAUCUUCUGCGCGUACGAGCAGAAGCUGCCGAAGAAGGCGCGCAAGGAGUUCUACACCAAGGGCUCCGUGGACACGUCCAAGGUGGCGUACGUGUGUCCGGGCGACCAGAAGCUCCGCGUGUCGUUCAAUCAGACCCCGAAUCAGUUCUCGCUUCACUGGCUCUACUGGCGCGGGCCUGCGUUCCUGGCCCUGUUCCUGUCGUUCGGCUUCGUCUUCAUCUGCGUCGGCAUCGGCCUCUUCAAGCCGCGCAAGGCCAUGCCGAGCGACGUCCAGCAGGCCCAGGACUUUGCGCAGUCCAAGGCCAAGGCACGCAAGGACGGCAACACCAGCGUCACGCUCGACGACGUCGCCGGGAUGGACGACGUGAAGGCGGAGUUCUCCGAGGUCGUGUCGUACCUCAAAGACCCGAAGCGCUACCGCGGCAUCGGCGCGAAGCCCGCGCGCGGCGUGCUGCUGGAGGGGCCGCCCGGUACGGGAAAGACGCUGAUCGCCAAGGCGAUCGCGGGCGAGGCCGGCGUGCCGUUCUACCAGAUGAGCGGCUCGGAGUUCACGGAGGCCAUCGUGGGCGUCGGCGCGGCGCGCGUGCGCGACCUUUUCAAGAAAGCAAAGGCGCAGGUGCGCAAGGCGGAACUGGAGGGGCGCUCCGGCGCGUGCAUCAUCUUCGUGGACGAGAUCGACGCGGUGGGCAUCCGGCGCGCGGAGGUCGGGAUGAAGACCAACGAGGAGCGCGAACAGACCCUCAAUCAACUGCUAACGGAGAUGGACGGGUUCGACCCGACGUCAGGGGUGGUGUUCAUCGCUGCGACGAACCGCGCGGACCUGCUGGACGGCGCACUGAUGCGCGCGGGGCGCUUCGACCGGAAGGUUCGCGUGCAGAAGCCGAACGGGGAGGCGCGCGAGGCGAUUCUGCGCGUACACGCCAAGGGGCGGCCGGUGUCGCCCGAGGUCGACCUGAAGCAGCUCGCGAACGACCUCCCGGGGCUGUCCGGCGCGGAGCUUGCGAACGUGCUGAACGAGGCCGCGCUGCAGGCGGUCCGGCGGCGCAUUAAGGCGGAAAUGAACCUGCGCUCCAAGGCGGAGCGCGGGGAGAUGUCGCGCCGCGAGGCCGACGCGGAGGUCGCGGCGAUGAAGGACGAGAUCGUGCAGGCGGACAUCGACGCGGCGGUGGACCGCAUCCUCUUCGGCGUGCGGCGGCCGGACCUGCCGAAGAUUUCCAUCAUCAAAAACAUUGCCGCGCAGGAGCUGGGCACGGCGCUGGUGUGCACGGUGCUGCGGCGGCGCACGGGGCGGCUCGAGGCGGUGGAGCGCGUGUCGAUCGCGCCGCGCGGGCGGGGGGUGUCGCGCGUGGAGUUCGCGCGCGGCGCGGACGACGACUACGUGCUCACCACGCGCGCCAAGCUGCUGGAGCGCAUCCGGACGCUGCUGGCGGGGCGCGUCGCGCAGGAGGUGUUGACGGGCAAGCAGACGACGUACGCGCACAGCAACGUGCAGAACGCGUACCAGAUGGCCAUGAAGGUUGUUGCGAACUAUGGAAUGACGACUGAGACCGGGGUGACGACGUGGGCGCCCGUGAGCCGCGGGCGCGCGUUCAUGGAGCGGUCGUUCGAGGUCGCGGUGGACAACAUCGACGAGGAUCUCUUCGGGCGGGGCGUCGAGGGUGGGCUGUGGUCUCCGAGCGACAGGACCCUGCACACGGUGCGCGCGCACGCGGCGGAGAUCGUGCGCGAGGCCGAGGCAGACUGCCGCGAGAUCCUCACGCAGUACAAGGACGCGCUGGAGCGCGGCGUGGAGGUGCUGAUGGAGCAGGAGGAGCUCAGCGGGGAGGAUGUAGAGGCGCUGUUGCCGAGCCCGAAGGCGAUGGAGCUGGCGCGGUGA